AUGAAACUGUAUCUGGCGGUCAUAGCCGCCACCUUGCACCUGGCACAGGGGCAGGGUAGUAGCCCGUGUGUCCCGGGAGUGACCUGCCCAACGUACAACUGCGUCGCCGACAGCCGCUGUCCGCUCGUGAACCCUCAAGAGGGACCUGUCUUAUUUAGCCACCAGAAUUGUGCCAAGUUCUACAAGUGUUCGAACGGCGAGGCCUGCGAGUACGACUGUCCGGCGGGUUUGCACUUUAACCCUAAUGAGCUGGCCUGCGACUGGCCAGAGCGUGCGUGUUGUGCGUUACCCUGCCUACCGCAAGAUCCCUGCAUACCUGGCGUAACCUGUCCACCGCCAGUUCCGACAGCUCCACCGCCGCCAGUUCCGACGGCUCCUCCACCACCAAUUCCAACGGCUCCACCACCACCAAUUCCAACCGCUCCUCCGCCACCAAUUCCAACGGCACAGACCCCACCCGUUCCAACGGCACAGACCCCACCAGUUCCAACGGCACAGACCCCAGCAAUUCCGACGGCACCGACACCAGGAGAUUGUAUACCGGGAGUGACCUGUCCAUCAUACAACUGCGUCGCCGACAGCCGCUGCCCGCUCAUAAACCCUCCCGAGGGUCCAGUCUUACUUAGCCACCAGAAUUGUGCUAAGUUCUACAAGUGUUCAUACGGUGAGGCCUGCGAGUACGACUGUCCGGCGGGUUUGCACUUUAACCCUCAUGAGCGGGUCUGCGACUGGCCAGAGCGUGCGUGCUGUGCGUUUCCUUGCCUACCGCAAGAUCCCUGCAUACCUGGCGUAACCUGCCCUCCGCCAGUUCCGACGGCUCCACCGCCGCCAAUUCCAACGGCUCCCCCACCGCCAAUUCCAACCGCUCCUCCACCGCCAAUUCCAACGGCUCCCCCACCACCAUUUCCAACGGCACAGACCCCACCAGUUCCAACGGCACAGACCCCACCAGUUCCAACGGCACAGACCCCAGCAAUUCCGACGGCUCCGACACCAUCGCCAACGAGUUGUAUUCCAGAUUCGCGAUGCCCACUGAAUGAUAACCCACUCGAGCCUACCGUUCUCCCGCAUGAAACAAACUGUGGUCUGUUCUACAAGUGUGACCUCGGCAGCCGAUGCCUGCUGGAAUGCCCAAUUGGGCAGCACUUUAGCAUCACGAACGGUCGCUGUGAGUUUCCGGACGUUGCCUGCUGCGAUUCGCGAAUACCAUGCGUGGGCUCACUCGACGUCUCGACCAAUUGUAUUCCCGACUCCCGCUGUACGAUUUUCGAUGAUCCCUUUAAUCCGACCAUUCUGCCGCAUUCCGACUGUGGCCGCUUCUAUAUGUGCUCGUUUGGAGAGGCUUGUGAAAAGACCUGUCCUCCCGGGCAACAUUUCAGUGCCCAAGAGCAACGAUGCGAGAGGCCCGACAUUGCGUGCUGUGAUCCGAGCAUACCGUGUACGGGACUACUCCCGGACCCUUGCACUCCCGAUGCACGCUGUUCAAUAUUCGACGAUCCUGAUAAUCCAACCACUCUUCCGCAUACCGACUGUACCCGUUUCUACAUGUGCUCCUUUGGACGGGCUUGUGAAUUGCCCUGUCCACCUGGGGAACACUUCAAUGCUAAUUCAGGGCGAUGCGAUCUGCCACAAAUUGCUUGCUGCGAUAGUUCGAUCCCGUGCGAAUCGACACCUUUACCUCCAGGGACGCUUCCUCCGCCAACCAUACCACCGCCUACCGUGCCUCCGCCAACCAUACCACCGCCUACCGUGCCUCCACCAACCUUACCACCACCCGUAGUGCCUCCGGUGACCCCGAUACCACCAGGACCAAGCGAUCCUUGCAUCCCAGGAGUAACCUGUCCACCGGUUGGUACCGGCAAUUGUAUCACGCAUCCUCAAUGUCCACCAGCCAAUGGACCAAACGCGACACUGUUCCGUCACGUCGAAUGUCACAUGUUCUACAAGUGCGAUAUGGGACGGGCUUGCGAGAUGUACUGUCCAGCUGGGUUGCACUUCAACGCGAAUCUGUUCGUAUGCGACUGGCCAGUGAAUGCGUGCUGCGACCCAACGUUACCCUGCAUUCCUCCCUGCAUACCGGGAGCCACAUGCCCACCAACUGGACCAACUCCGGGACCUCCAACCCAGCCUCCUCCUACUCAGCCUCCGCCAACCCAGCCUCCUCCGACCCAACCACCACCAACCCUUCCGCCACCGACUCUGCCACCACCAACGCUACCUCCCCCAACUCUGCCACCACCGACCCUACCGCCUCCAACCCUGCCUCCACCAACGGUGCCGGAUCCUUGCAUACCCGGAGUAACCUGUCCUCCCAACGAUGUUGGCAAUUGCGUCUUUGACUCCAGAUGCCCAGCCGCUAACGGACCGACACUAACUCUCCUACCUCACAGCGAUUGUAACAUGUUCUACAAGUGCGAUAAUGGCAAAAUCUGUGAACAUUACUGUCCAGCUGGUCUUCAUUUUAACGCGGACUUGAAAGUUUGUGACUGGCCGUCGAGUGCCUGCUGCGAUAUAACGGUGCCCUGCAAUCCUCCUUGUAUACCGGGAGCCACCUGCCCACCAAUUGGACCAACUCCGGGACCUCCAACCCAGCCUCCUCCUACUCAGCCUCCGCCAACCCAGCCUCCUCCGACCCAACCACCACCAACCCUUCCGCCACCGACUCUGCCACCACCAACGCUACCUCCUCCAACUCUGCCACCACCGACCCUACCUCCUCCAACGCUUCCUCCACCAACGGUACCGGAUCCAUGCAUACCUGGAGUAACCUGUCCUCCCAACGAUUCCGGAAAUUGCGUCCUUGAUUCCAGAUGUCCAUCCAGAAACGGACCUCAACCCACUCUGUUACCACACAACGACUGUAGCAAGUUCUACAAAUGUAACGAUGGUAAAGCCUGCGAACAUAACUGUCCACCUGGGCUGCAUUUCAAUGAGGUCCUGAAAGUUUGCGACUGGCCGUCGAGUGCCUGCUGCGAUGUAACGGUGCCCUGCAAUCCUCCUUGUAUACCGGGAGUCACAUGCCCACCAAUUGGACCAACUCCGGGACCACCAACCCAGCCUCCUCCUACUCAGCCUCCUCCGACCCAACCACCUCCGACCCUUCCGCCACCGACCCUUCCUCCGCCAACCCUUCCACCACCAACCCUACCUCCACCAACCCUACCUCCUCCAACUCUACCUCCUCCAACCCUGCCACCUCCAACUCUACCUCCUCCAACCCUGCCUCCACCAACGAUACCGGAUCCUUGCAUACCCGGAGUAACCUGUCCUCCCAACGAUCUUGGAAAUUGCGUCCUUGAUUCCAGAUGUCCAUCCAGAAACGGACCUCAACCCACUCUGUUACCACACAACGAAUGUAGCAAGUUCUAUAAAUGUAACGAUGGUAAAGCCUGCGAACAUAACUGUCCUCCUGGGUUACAUUUUAACGAGGUCCUCAAAGUGUGCGAUUGGCCGGAAAGUGCCUGCUGCGAUAUAACGGUACCCUGCAAUCCUCCUUGCAUACCGGGAGUCACAUGCCCUCCGAUUGGACCAACCCCGGGACCACCAACCCAGCCUCCGCCAACCCAACCACCUCCGACCCAACCACCACCAACGCUACCUCCACCGACCUUGCCACCACCAACAGUACCACCAACCGGACCGGAUCCUUGCAUUCCAGGUGUAACCUGCCCACCGACCAACUGUCACGACGACAUGCGAUGCCCGGCGAACGAUGGUGGCAAGCCGACUCUGUUUGCGCACACUUCCUGCGAGAAAUUCUACAAGUGCGCCAACCGUAAGGCUUGCGAACACCGCUGUCCGCCAGGGUUGCACUUCAACGCGGUGCAAUUUGUGUGCGACUGGCCGGAGUGGGCGGGCUGCGAUCCGAGCAUAACGACCAAUCCACCCUGCAUCCCCGGUGUGACAUCCAACGGCCAACAACCAUGCGAUCCCUCGGUCACCUGUCCUACCUUCAACUGCCACCCACACCCAAACUGUCCCAACAAGGACGACCGUUAUCCGGUGCUCUUGCCGCACAACGAGUGUGGCAAGUUCUACAAGUGUAGCAGUGGUAAUGCUUGCGAGCAGGAGUGCCCUAUCGGGCUACACUACAACGCCCAGGAACAGGCGUGCGACUGGCCCCGAAGGGCGCGCUGCGAUACAACGCUGCCCGAGGAGGGAAGUGACGAGUCUAUAAGCGAUUGUAUUCCUCACCCUGAGUGUCCGGCUUCAUCCAAGAUUACUGUGCUACUACCGCACCAAGACUGUUCCAAGUUCUACAAAUGUACUGGACCAUUCGCAUGUCCGAUGGACUGCCCGCCUCUGCUGGACUUCAACCCGAAGGUGAACGCUUGCGACUGGCCAGAGCGCGCCUGCUGUAACCCGGCCAUCCCGUGCGAUCCGUGCAUUCCCGGUGUGACCUGCCCCCCGGGAGGUGGACCGGGACCAGCGCCAACUCCAGCGCCAACUCCAGCACCAACACCAGCGCCAACUCCAGCGCCAACGCCAGCACCAACUCCAGCGCCAACACCAGCACCGACCCCUGCUCCCACACCAGCACCAACACCGGCACCAACUCCAGCACCCACUCCAGCGCCAACUCCCGCGCCAACUCCAGCACCAACUCCAGGUCCGAUUCCGAACCCGACACCUGGUGAACCCGGUUCACCCUGCGAUCCUUCGACGACCUGCCCGCCACUGAAUUGCGUCGAGGAUAUGCGUUGUCCGCCGCGUGAUGGCCCUACGGUAAUCCUGCUACCGAAUACUGGUAACUGCGGCAAGUUCUACAAGUGCCAGACGGGUCGCGCCUGCGAAUUCGACUGUCCGAAAGGGCUGCACUUCAACAAUGACCGAAUGGUAUGCGACUGGCCGCACCAAGCCUGCUGUGAUCCGACCAUCGAGUGUGUCCCGGCCUGCAUUCCCGGCGUUACCUGCCCUUUGAUGCUACUGGUCGGUGGGUUGUCGGUGAUCGUCUCAGGACAAGCAGCAGUCCCAUGGAAUUGUAACCUCUGCCCGGUUGGGGUGUGCGUCAACGACCAGCGCUGCCCGGUGGUGAACAACCCGCUGGGACCGACCUUUUUGCCCCAUGCAACAAACUGCAACCAGUUCUACAAGUGUUCCCAUGGCCAGGCCUGCGAAUACACCUGUCCGGCCGGGCUGCACUGGAGCCAGGCGUUGGAGCGCUGCGAGUGGCCCAACGUGGCCUGCUGCGAUCCAUCGAUCGAGUGUCGUCCCGGAUGCCCGGAAGUUUGUCCUGCACCGCCCACCACGACUACACCGGUUCCGAUCACGACCACACCGGUUCCGAUCACGACCACAACAACCACACUGGCACCAGUCACGGUCACCACCACCCCGGGACCGAUUCCCACCACACCCUGUUCACCGUGUACUCAGUGCAUUACGGACGCGCGCUGUCCGCUUACCGAUAACCCAAUGGAGCCAACCUUGCUACCACACGAGAACGACUGCAGCCAGUUCUACAAGUGUGCCUUCGGUCAACGCUGCCUGAUGCAGUGCCAACCCGGGGAGCACUUCAGCGUGCAGCUGCAGCGCUGCGAGUGGCCACAGUACGCCUGCUGUGAUCCGGCGAUACGAUGCGAGCAGCUUCCGACGCCCGGCGAUCCGUGCUCGCCCAUGCCCUGCCCGGUGCUCGACUGCCGACCGGACAACGGAUGCCCCCUCGGCGAUGAUCCGCUGAACCCGCUGCUGCUGUCCGUGCCGGGCAACUGUGGUGCGUUCUACAAAUGCCGUGACGGUGACGCCUGCCUCAUUGCCUGCCCGCCGGGGCAACACUUUAGCCGGACGCUGCAGCGCUGCGAGCGGCCGGAAGUUGCGUGCUGCGAUACAAACAUCGCCUGCUGCGCGGCUUGCGCGGCCUCCCGUCGCCAUGAGCUUGACCGAUUGUUUGGCAUCAAGCGCUACCUGUGA